AUGUCAAAGCGAAAUCGAAAACAGAUCGAGCCAACGGCGGAAGAUCUGUCAAACGUUGAGUUUGAAACAUCGGAAGAGGUUGAUGUUGUGCAUACUUUUGAUAGUAUGGGACUGGGCGAAGAAUUAUUGCGUGGAAUCUACUCAUAUGGAUUUGAAAAGCCGUCUGCAAUUCAACAGCGUGCUAUCAAACAAAUUGUCAAGGGUCGGGAUGUUAUCGCACAAGCCCAAUCUGGUACCGGAAAGACGGCGACAUUUAGUAUUGCUGUAUUGCAAUCGUUGGAUAUAUCGCUACGUGAAACACAGGCGCUUAUCUUAUCACCAACUCGAGAAUUAGCUGUGCAAAUACAAAAGGUUGUACUUGCUUUGGGUGAUUACUUGAACGUGCAGUGCCAUGCAUGCAUAGGAGGUACAAAUGUUGGUGAAGAUAUUCGUAAACUUGACUAUGGUCAACAUGUCGUUUCGGGAACUCCUGGACGAGUUUUUGAUAUGAUCAGACGCCGCAAUUUGCGUACUCGAAGCAUAAAAAUGUUGGUACUCGAUGAAGCCGAUGAAAUGCUUAACAAAGGAUUCAAGGAGCAACUUUAUGAUAUCUAUCGUUAUCUUCCACCUGGUGCACAAGUUGUACUUCUUUCAGCAACCCUUCCUCAUGAAAUUCUUGAGAUGACAAGCAAAUUUAUGACUGAUCCUAUUCGUAUCCUCGUAAAACGUGAUGAAUUGACACUAGAAGGCAUCAAGCAGUUCUUUGUAGCAGUUGAUCGAGAAGAAUGGAAAUUCGAUACAUUGUGUGAUUUAUACGAUACUCUUACAAUCACACAGGCAGUAAUUUUUUGCAACACUCGAAGAAAGGUUGAUUGGUUGGCUGAGAAAUUAAAAGAGGCAAAUUUCACAGUGUCAUCUAUGCAUGGAGAAAUGGAACAAAAGGAGCGUGACGCAAUUAUGAAGGAAUUCCGUGGGGGCGCCAGUCGUUUAUUGAUUUCAACGGAUGUAUUUGCGCGUGGAUUGGAUAUACCACAAGUGUCACUUGUUGUCAAUUAUGACUUGCCAAACAAUCGUGAAUUGUAUAUCCAUCGAAUUGGACGAUCUGGUCGUUUCGGUCGUAAGGGUGUUGCCAUUAAUUUCGUGAAAUCUGAUGACAUCCGUAUUUUGCGUGAUAUUGAACAAUAUUAUGCCACUCAAAUUGAUGAAAUGCCAAUGAAUGUGGCAGAUCUCAUCUGA